AUGGAUCGCCGAAGUUGGCCAUGGAAGAAGAAAAGUUCAGAUAAAAGUGUUUCUGCAGAUUCUGCUGCUGUCUCCUCAGCCAGCUCAGUUGGGAAUCAAGGCGAUGAGGUCUGUGAUUUCAUAAUUAUUUAUUUGUUUUCUUGUUCAUAUAGAAUAACUCUGCAUCUGUCUUUUUGGAACCAUCGUCUUUUCCUUCAGAUUCACGUUUUGAAAAAGAAAAAAAAAAACUUAUUACUAGAUGAUGAAAUAGUUGCCAUUUCAAAUAAUCGAAAACAGUCCUCGUGAAGCAUAAAGGUCAGAGGAACCAUACUAAGAAGCUAAUGAUCAUCAGAACGCUUUUACUGUCAUAAACCAUUGGAUAUGAUAGAUCACCGACUUGGGAAAGUUUUUCAACAAGUCCCUUAUUUGACAUCAACUCUCUACUAGUUGAUACCUGGUUCCUACUUUGAGGUAACUUUGAAUCGGAGAGAGUAGUUAACUUUACCAUUAACUCAGCAUAAUCUCAUACAGCUAGGGAUCGUUGUCAUGCGGUGAUCAGGUGAGGGUUGUCACAAUCAUACUUUGGAAAGUGCCACAGACGUUGGAAAAUGACUAAACAAAGAAAGAAAUAAGACAUUUUCUCGUCCAUGUGUUAAGUAUUCAGCGGCAUCACCCGGCAAUUGGAUAGAGUUCAAUUAAAAAAGGUGUUGAAAUAGAUUCAUGCACCUCAUUCGUUCCUUUCCAUGCCGCCACCUUGCUCAACUGCCGAUUAUGACGUGUACUACCACCCGGCAAUUGGAUAGAGUUCAAUUAAAAAAGGUGUUGAAAUAGAUUCAUGCACCUCAUUCGUUCCUUUCCAUGCCGCCACCUUGCUCAACUGCCGAUUAUGACGUGUACUACCGUACACCUCAGAGCUGAUAAUUGGAAAAGUGACCUUGUCUGGGUCACAACCAGCCAAACGUUUAGGUGUUGAUGUAAACCAUUUUUGUAACAUCCUUGUAGACAUAACGCACAUGAAUUGUUGAACUUCUAUCUUUAGACUAUUCAACAUAGAAAUUCACAAAAUCAUUCGUGGCUUAGAUGGAGUUUCCUGUGUUCUUGUAGAAGUGUUUUUUUAUUGGAAAUAUGUUGACUGGAAUGGUAGAAGUGAACUGGUUAGCCCUUACAGUUGAGGGAGAGAGAGAAAGAGAGUAUUGGGGCAUCAAGCUUGUUUGUUCGGAAGGACUGAGCUGUUAAACUCACUCUGGGAUUUUAAUUUAGACACAUGACCCGAGAUUUACCUUUCAUUGUGGGAUUAUCCUGCUUUGUCAGAGUCACUUAAACCCACGAGACAGUUCCUGAUCAUUAGACUGGUCAAUUCCAGAAACUCCGAUUCAUUAAGUAGUUGAAAUUACGCUUAGAGGGCAAAUCCAUUGAUGCAUUUUAUGAUUCGUAUAUAUACAUAUAUAUGCACGCUUUUUAAUAACAUCACACAUCAUUUUUUUUGCCGGAGAAAGGUUUAUUUAUAGUGGUACAUUUUCAAUUUGUAUUAUUUCCUUCUUCAUCGCAUCAAAGAACAUGUGUUUUUUCUCUGAUUAAAUAUUCUUCCUAUAAAGCUUAAUUUACUGAGAUAUGCGUGGGCUUGCUUUACUGAUCCUUUUUUCACUUCAUCUUUGUGCAGGAUAAGUCUAAAGAUUCGGAUUAUGUGCGAAUUUCUAAGGAAAUCCAUACACAUUUCAUGAAAUUGGAGGAUCAAGUUCACGUUUUGGACAAUCAGUCAAAGGCUUUAAAUGAAAAAUUAUCCACAGCCCAAGCAGACUUGCUAGCUAAAGAUAACUUGGUAAAUCAGCAUAUAAAAGUUGCUGAGGAAGCUGUCUCAGGUAACUUCCUUUUAUCUCUGUUUAUUCCUCCAAUGAAAUAGGAUGUCACACCUUGUUCAUCAAUACUCGUCUAUGUUUUCAAUCGUUUUUAAAGCGACUUCCUUGCUUCUAGAUAAUGUGUAACGUUUCUUUUGUUGAUCUUCCUUUAGGCUGGGAGAAAGCUGAAGCUGAAGCCUUGGCUUUGAAAAACCAACUCGAAUCUGUUACUCUGCAGAGGUUAACUGCUGAAGAUCGAGCAGCCCACCUUGACGGUGCGCUAAAGGAAUGCAUGAAACAGAUUCGUCUAGUGAAGGAAGAGAGUGAGCAACAGUUGCAUGAUGUGAUCUUUGCAAAAACUCAACAAUGGGAAAACCUCAGGUUUGAGCUCGACUCGAGAAUAGUUGACCUUGAACAAGAUCUCCUCAGAGCCUCGGCGGAAAAUGCUGCAAUUUCAAGAUCUCUUCAGGAGCGUUCCAAUAUGCUAAUGAAAAUCAGUGACGAAAAAUCUCAAGCCGAGGCAGAGAUUGAGGUUCUGAAAACUACCAUUCAAUCUUGUGAAAAGGAAAUUGGUUCGCUGAAAUACGAAGUCCAUAUAGUAACCAAGGAGAUGGAAAUUAGAAAUGAAGAAAAAAAUAUGAGUGUGAGGUCUGCCGACGUUGCAAACAAACAGCACCUGGAAGAUGUCAAGAAGAUAGCAAAACUGGACGCCGAAUGCCAAAGGCUACGUAGGCUUGUACGUAAAAGGUUGCCUGGACCCGCUGCAUUAGCUCAAAUGAAACAGGAAGUUGAUAGUUUUGGUCGCAAUCCAGGAGAAUCCAGAAUCCGUCAUCCUUCCGGUAAGAACCUUGGCCCGCAUUUUGGAUCAUCUCCGGAUUUUACGAUGGAGAGUGUUCAGCAGUACCAAAAAGAGAAUGAAUUUCUCACUGCCAGAUUACUGGCUAUGGAGGAAGAAACAAAGAUGCUGAAGGAAGCACUGUCGAAACGAAAUAGUGAGCUCCAGACGUCAAGAACUAUUUGUGCCAAGACAUCCAGCAAACUUCGAAGCUUAGAAACACAUAUGUUGGUCGUGAAUCGGCAGAGCCCUUCAAAGUUCAGUCCCGAAACAUAUGUGGAUGGUUCUCUGAGUCAAAACGGGAGCAACCCACGAAGUCUGACUUCCAUGUCGGAAGAUGGAAUUGAUGAACAAGAGAGUUUCGGUGAGUCUUGGUCCACAACACUGAUUUCAGAGUUAUCCCAUUUCAAUAAAGAAAAGGAUGCAGAUAAGCAUGAAAAGCCCGACGAUUCCCAUCACUUAGAACUCUUAGAUGAUUUCUUGGAAAUGGAGCGGCUGGCGUGUCUGUCAGCUGAAUCUAAUGGAGAUCUUAAGAGUCCGGAUGCUACAACGGACAUGGUGAAGGCGAAAAAUGAGUUCAAUAAGGCUUCAGCUGCAGCAUUAAAGGAUGGGGAUUUCCUCAAGGAACGACAAUCUGGUUUAGGGCAACCAAGGGAUCUGACUUACUCUAGUGAAGAGCAGUCCUCUGGAGAGCUAUCAUCCGACAAAAAUCAGGUUUCACUGUCUGAGCUUCAAUCAAGAAUAGCAUUGAUUGUCAAGACCCAGACCAAGAACUUGGACAUGGAGAAACUUCUCGAGGAUAUUAAGACGAUCUUGCAGGAUGUACAAGAGGAGAUACCUCAACAAUGCGUUGGUUGUGUUAUCGAUGAUCCCAACCCACAGGGAGACGAUCACUCUUCUGCGGACAUUAGAGAAACCAAUGCCCCUGGAGCUUCUCCUGUCCAUGGCCAGGAUGCAUCCCCAGACAGCAAGUCGCCCAUUGGCCAGAACUUGAAAAAUGCCAUCGCUAUAAUUCACAACUUUGUCUUGUCAUCUUGCAGAGAAGCUAUGGAAGCUCAGAGAAUCUAUUCCGAUUGCCGCCAGAUAGACCAGAAAAUCGGAGAGCUUUCUGAUUGUGUCAACAGAGUUCUUCGUUGUGAGACCGGCUGUGAUAGUUUGAUUGUUGCCCUGUCGACCAUACUGUGUGACAUGAAUGAAUUCAAGCUUGCGACGCUGGGAAGAGAAACCAACGGUUCUGUUUGCGUGGACAGAGUAGCAUUAUCAGAGAGUGAAGUUGAACCAGGGAAAGAGGGGUCUUCUGGUCCCUGUGCUCUGCCAAUUCUUCAGGCCACAACCCCCCUUCGCUCCGCCAGAGAGCUUGAGGAGCUGAGACAUGAGAAAGACGCCCUGCGAGAUGAACUGGCCAAAUGCACAGGAAAAUUGGAGCACGCGAAUGCCCAGCUACUCUCGAUGGAAAGUCAAGUGGAAGUGCUUAGAUCACAGCUAGAUGCCUCGGAGAAAUCAAGCAGCCUGGCUGAGACCCAACUCAAAUGUAUGACGGAGUCUUACAAGUCCCUGGAGUCGCGUGCCCGUGAGCUGGAAGCAGAAAUCAGCCAGCUGCGGGAGAAAAUAGAAACUCUGGAUGGCGAGCUCCAACAGGAGAGGCUUCGUCACCAGGACGACCUUGCCAGAUGCAAGGAUCUUGAGGAGCAGAUAGAACGGUUAGCAUCUUAAAGACGCUCAUACUUUAGACAACAGCUGCGGUCGCUGUUGCUGAUUUAUUUAUUUUUUAAUGUAUUUUCUGACGAUCUGGGUUCGUUUUUUUAUUUUAUUUUUCACCAAGGAACCAGAAGUCCUCAACAUCUCCGGUCACAUCAGAUGCCGAUGUCGACACCAAGAUAAAACAGGCAAGGAUUGAAGUUGACCCGAUUCUUUCAUUCUGUUUUUCUUUGCAUGUUUUUUCGAUAAAAUAUCAUAUUUUCUACUAGACCACUUUGUCAAAUCCAUGUCGCCGGAUCAUUCCUUCAUUAAAUUUUGACCCAUAGAUCGCCCGGUACUCCAACUUUAGUCAACUCUGAGCUGAUCUCAAUAGCAAGAUCGAGACCCAUAUCUCAGACUUCUGUGAUUCUCCGGUGAUGAUGCUUCUUGCUCCGUCGCUCGGCAGGACAAGGAGAUAGCGGCGGCGACGGAGAAGCUCGCCGAGUGCCAAGAGACGAUCCUCCUCCUCGGCCGGCAACUCCAGGCGCUGCAUCCUCCUGCAGAACUCGGCGCGUCUCCUCCACCGAGCAAGGCCCUCCAGAUGAGCGAAGAUCUCCUGGAAGCCCUGCUCGACCGGAGCGGCGGUGCCGGGCCAGGCCGGAGGAGCUUCCAGCUCCCCGAUCACGCUGACCGGAGCGGCGGUGAGUCACCGCUGAACGGCUACGGCUACGGCAGCGCCGCCGAGUCGACCCCGAUCCCGAUGUCCCCGAUCAGCUCCAGGCGCCCCAAGCACCGGUCCCCCGUUCCCUCCUCCUCCUCCUCCGGCUCGAGCUCCACGCCGGAGAAGCAUGGCCGUGGCUUCAGCCGGUUCUUCUCCAAGGGCAAGAGGGACAGCGACAGCCUCCCCCCCUCCUAA